UACCCGAAGAGAAGGUUCAUAAAUGUCAAGGUCAUGUCUGCAUGCGGCGCCUGUCCACAGGAGAGCGGGAUGGAGACACUGGUCGCUGCAGCUAUAUAAGCCCGGCCGUUAGGGGCCGUGGCAUCAGUGCCGCUCAAGCCUCCUCAAUAUGAAGUUCGUGAUCCUCGCCGCCCUGGCCGCCGUGGCCCUCGCCGCCCCAAGGCCUGACAAGCCUACCUACGGCUCCUUCUCCGCCGAGAGCGCCGAGUUCAUCCCCAUCCUGAAGGACGAGCGUGUCCAGGAGGACGACGGCAGGUACAACCUGGACGUGCAGACCGGCAACGGCAUCUUCCUCUCCCAGUCCGGCUCCCCCGACGGCCCCGACGGCGCCGUGGUCAAGUCCGGAGUCUACUCCUACACCGCCCCUGACGGCACCCACGUCGAGGUCAAGUUCGUCGCCGACGCCAACGGCUACCAGCCCGAGUCUGACCUGCUGCCCGUGGCCCCCGCCUUCCCCCACCCCAUCCCCCAGUUCGUGCUGGACCAGAUCGCUAAGGCCGCCGAGGAGGACGCCGCCCGCGCCCGCGGUGACUUUGACUCCUCCGAGGAGACCUACGGCUACGCCAAGUAACUCCAAUGGAAGUUUGAUAAGCCAGGCAUUUUAAAUAUGUAAAUUAUUUAUUAUAUUUAAGCAAAUAAACUUUUUUCAAAGAGU